AUAACGCUCACUUGUGAUUGGUAGAUGUCAAGUGGUUUGUUCACUAACACCAAUAAGAAGUGAGCGUACGUCCAUUAAGGCUGUGCCAUUGAGUAUUUAACAAAACCGACUGCCAAAGCCAAAGUGUCGAAAGCGAUCAAACAUCAAACGGGUUUCGCCUUUUGUGGUUUCGACUUCCACAUUUCUCUCUUCGCUGAAUCUGAAUCUUGUUGUCUGUGUUAGUGUGUUUGUUGACGUUGACGUGCAUCCAGCGAUUUAAGUUAGGUUAAUUUGCCAUAAACAUUGAAAAUCGUCUUUACAUAUCCUAAUCAAAGAUUAUUUUAAUGAAAGAACUAGUUGUAAGUUUUGGUACCAAGUACAUUUAAGAUACUACCCUCAUCCAAAAUGAAAAUUGCUAUUGUUGGUUGCGCUCAUGGAGAGCUAGAAAAAAUAUACGACACAAUGGAAGCUUAUCAAAGGAUGAAUAAAAUUAAAAUUGAUUUACUGAUAUGCUGCGGUGAUUUCCAAGCAUCUAGGAAUAAAGAAGAUUUGCACUGUAUGGCUGUACCGCCAAAAUAUACGCAAAUAUGUACAUUUUACAAGUAUUAUUCUGGUGAACUGGAAGCACCAGUACUAACUGUAUUCAUUGGGGGCAAUCAUGAAGCCUCAAAUUAUCUACAAGAAUUACCCUAUGGUGGCUGGGUAGCUCCAAACAUUUACUAUAUGGGAUAUGCUGGAAUUAUCAAUGUAGGCGGUUUAAGGAUAGGAGGACUAUCUGGUAUAUAUAAGGGAAAAGACUACAUGAAAGGCCAUUAUGAGAAAGUCCCCUAUGAUGAAAAUUCUAAGAGAUCUGUGUACCAUGUCCGGAAUCUGGAGGUGUUCAGGUUGAAGCAGCUGUCGGGAAAGAUUGAUGUGUUUCUUUCACAUGACUGGCCAAGUGAUAUAUUUAAUUUUGGAAAUGUGAAGCAACUACUCAAAAAGAAGCCAUUCUUCAGAGAAGAUGUAGAAAGUAACCAGCUGGGCAGCCAACCUUCAAAGGAGUUGCUACAUGGUCUGAAACCUGCAUAUUGGUUUGCAGCACACUUGCACUGCAAAUUCGCAGCUCUUAUUAAGCAUGAAAACAAAAGCAUAACAAGAUUCUUGGCACUAGACAAAUGUCUACCAAAAAGGAAGUUCAUGCAGAUUGUUGAUAUACCGCAUGAUGAGUCUGCUCCAAUGAAAAUUAGUUAUGAUCUGGAAUGGCUGGCUAUACUAUUCUUAACAAACCAUCUGCUUAGUGUGAAAAAUAUUCAGACUUAUAUGCCUGGUGUUGGUGGACAAGAAAGGUACAAUUUCACUCCAUGUGUAGAAGAAAAGAACCACAUUCAAGAAAGAUUCAAUUAUGAUCUCAUAGUCCCUAACAACUUUUGCAGAACAGCCCCUGUAUACAGUAAAAAUGCUCAAAAAGUGAAGCUAAAAGCCCUACUGAACCCCCAAACAAUAGAAUUUUGUGAAAAAUUGGCUCUAGAUGAUCCUGUGAUGCUGGUGGCAGAAAAUUUGAACAUUAAAUUGAACAUAAGUACAGACCUGAGUUACACUGAGUCUCUCAUAGAUACUACUGCUAAUAGUUGUGAGAACUCAUUAGGCAAAAUCAGUCUCCCCGACCCUAAAGGGGACGAGAGAAGUUCAAGUGAGGAAGAUAGUGGGAGCAGCAGUACAUCAGAUGAAGAAAACACUAACGUUGCAGACAAAGGAGAAGGUAAUCUGCCUGGUGCAUCACCAGUACCAAAAAGACUUAAAAGAAGGAAUGAAGAAUUAUAUAAAAGUUAAUCUUUAGAUUAAUAGGUUGUAGAAUGCAAUAAUUUUUUAGUAAAGAGUUAUGACAUGGCUAAUUGGAUAUCAGCCAAUGCUGUAUAGAGUCACAUAAUCAACCAAGUUUUACGCCAGUUAUGAUACAGGAAUAUGAAAUACAUUUCUGUUAGUUUAUUUUAGGAGGUAUCUGGUGAUUAUGAUUUUUAUUGUGUAAUUCUGGAUUUUUGGAUUGCAUUUUGUUAAAUUACAUACCGAUUUUUGUAUGUAUUUUAUUUUAAUAGAUAAUUUGUAUAUAA